GGGAAUUGAAUCAACUGCCGAGGAGUCUGUUGAGCAUAUUCAUUUUUGGGGAAGAGAAGAAGAAAGGAAGGAGAUCUCUAAUGGCGACGCCAAGAGCAGAUAGAGAAUUAGAGCUUCUCAUACCAAUGGGAGUCAUUGAGAAUAUUAAUGCUAAUCACUCCAAAUCUUCUUCUCCUUCUCAUUCCCCCAAGAUUCCAUCGUCUCAUCACUCCUCUGGGAAAGAGGCAUUUAGCAAAGUUAUUCGUAGCUGGACUUGGAAAAAGUUCAUCAGCGGAUGUGUCAUCUUAUUUCCCAUAGCCAUAACUUUUUACAUCACCUGGUGGUUCAUUCAUUUUGUGGAUGCCUUCUUUUCUCCGAUCUAUAAUCACCUUGGAAUCAAUGUCUUUGGCCUUGGAUUUGCUACCUCCAUGACUUUCAUCUUCUUCGUUGGGGUGUUCAUGUCCUCAUGGUUAGGUGCAUCUCUUCUUAGUUUAGGAGAGUGGUUCAUAAAAAAAAUGCCCCUCAUGAGCUACAUCUACUCUGCCUCCAAGCAAAUUAGCUCAGCAAUUUCACCAGAUAAGACUUCACAUGCCUUCAAAGAAGUGGCCAUAAUAAGGCAUCCGCGGCUUGGUGAAUAUGCAUUUGGCUUUAUCACUUCAACUGUCAUACUUCACAAGAAUACAGGUGCAGAGGAACUCUGCUGUGUUUAUGUGCCAACUAAUCACCUCUACCUUGGAGAUAUAUUUCUUGUGAAUUCUAAAGACGUUAUGAGGCCCAAUCUCUCUGUUCGAGAGGGGAUAGAAAUUGUAAUCUCCGGGGGCAUGGCUGUACCAAAGGUACUGAACAUACAGGAAGUGCAAUCUAUUUCAUCUCCGAGAGUUGGAAAAUUUGCAGUUCCACAAGUUUGAUUACUCAACCAUUUGAACAAGAAACCAUGGAAAAGAUAUUGCUCAACGAGUAAACUGGACAUACAGACCUAGAAAUGGGGUUAAUAAUUCAAGGAUAGAGGCUCUUACAAGAAUAUAUCCCCAAUCUUUCUCCUCUGAUCUUUGUGAUUUUUUGGUACAUUUAUCUGAUUUUUUGUAAAACAAUAUUAAACAAACAAGAUUUUGUCAAAUGAGCUCAAGUUAGAAAUUGAGCUUAACUCAUACCUAUACAGAUUGCAAC